AUGGUGAACGUGAUUCGCCCCAGUAUAGUUGCGACAAGUAAAAGCCCUCCAAUAGUUGUUUCAUCUCACGCCUGCUACACUAAUGCACGAAAGUCCAGUAUUAAACAAAUUCACUUCCCUUUAUGCUUCUUGUCAAAAAAUUCUACACCAUUGCCUUUGCCAAGGACGAGUCAUUUAAUAAAUUCAUCCUGUGCCGCUAAGCAGCUUACACUUACUCAUAAUUCGGGUGCUCAGCAGAAUGUUUCGUCCACCCGCUGCUGGCAAAGAGCAGCAGCCCGUUCCUAUCUCACCACGAGUACUAUCAGGUCGCUAACCGGAGCGAAGAUGCUGCCGGCUAUUGGUGACCCCCGUUUGGGCGACGAGGAAAAGGGCGAGCAGGAUGAACUUUCGCUGUCUGGACCAGCACUACAACAGGGAUCAAGAAUAGCGAAGACCCGUUCCGACAGCGACACUCCGGCCGCCUUCCUCGACACACUGCACCAGGCGUUUUAUGCUACUAAAAAUGGCCGAGGGGUAGCCGUAGCGAGGAUUUCUAAUUUGGAUGGUGGAAUCGAACCUCUGCAAGCAGAUGAAGACGACGAUGAUCCGAUGGAGCAAUCCGAUUUUUCACUCUCGUCCUUUUCUACUUCCGAAGCCCAGGAACCACAAGCGGCAGCUCUUCCGGUGGGAAAAAACGUGUUGAACCACCAACGUCAAAAGCUUGAACACCUGGCCUCCCAUCUGGAAAACCUUUUCAACCGCUGGCAGGACUGUUCUCUUCAGUUCGGCGUCGACGAGCAGUACAACAAUAAAAUCAAACACAUCCACAAACUCCGCGAGCAAGCCGGCGAGAGAAACCUGACCGGCUACGUGUGCACGCUGGUUUCCCGGCCGGACUACGGACUGUCCAUUUGGUCGCUGCCGCCGAAAACCAGUUUGCCGGUGCAUUCCCAUCCCGGUUUUGUGGUGGGGAAGGUGUUGAGCGGGGGGGAUUUGCUUUCCACCUCGUUGAAGACACUUUGUUCGAAGGAAGAUGCUACAAUGACGGGGAAGUCCGGUUGUGCUUCCGAAGAAUCUGCUGCUGAUUUUCGUUUGUCCGCAGCAGGAGGGGGCCAUCAAUCGGUGCAAGCGGUCCUUCAUCCAGACGACAGCAAAAGAGCUGCGACUGAAAAUAAAACGCAGUUUUUCGAAGUGAAGAAAGUAACACUAGCAGCCGCAGAAAAAACCACCGAGAUCAUCGGGCACGCAGGCACGCCGGUGGCAGCGAUUAUCACGACAAAGAGUUCUAUUCCUAAUAGAAGUAGUGCUGACGCUACAGGUACAACUUCUUCCGUGUUCAAAAUAACGCCGGAGGAAAACAUACACACCCUGAGAAACGACAGCGACACGGAAAUUGUGAAUUUUGUCGAAGUGACAUUCCCGAAUUACACGAAAGUCGCAGAUUGCCGGUACUUCGAGCUUGAUCAUGUUCACGACGCUAGUACUCGUGGCGCGGCGUUGUCCUCAACCGGGGAAGAAGAUAGUGCUUCUGCCCCUGCUCCUGCUGCUCGUCGUCCGCAAUACAAACUAAUUGAGCACGAAGGUCCGCCGGAAUGGUUUCACACGGGGAAUUUACCGUACGUGGGAUCGCUCGAUUUACGGGGAUUAGAGCCUGAUGCGCCCAGUCCACGGCGAAAGACUUGAUGAUGAGCGGUUGUGAAUUUAAUCUGCAGUGUGGAUUGAUGUGAUGAUCUUCAUCUUCGUCUUUCUGCUGAUUGACAUCGAUCCCGCGUAGUCCGCGCACGAUAGUACAUGCAAGAUAGACCAGAGCCUUUCAACAUAAGUACCCUUGAUUGCGAACUCCACCCUCGGAAGACCUAGUACCCAUUUUCUUUCUACUCAGGACAGCGACAACACAGUGACAUUUUUCUUCAGCCAUGAACUGGCUGCGACAACAUGUUGACUUUUCCACGUAGCGUAU